AUGGCGAUGGCACAUCAACCCCUAAACGAAUUUGAGAUUGAGGAAGCUAGGGAAUGCUUCAAAACGCUGGACCCAGAGAGCAAAGGUGUCACUGCUACCGAGUUGAUGGAAGCCAUGAGAGCUCUUGGUAAAAUCUACAGCGACGAAGAUGUACAGAGGAUGAUAAGCAGUGCUGAUAAGCACGGCAAAGGCAGAGUUGAUUUUCAAGAUUUUUUGGCUCUCCUUGAGAAUCAAAAAGCAAAAGGAUCACAUGAAGCUGCAUUUGUAGAAGUUUUUGAAGCCAUGGACAGUGAUAAGGAUGGGAGCAUCACCGUCCAAGAUAUUGCAAAUUAUAUGGCAUCCAGGGGUGAGAGAAUGCCAGAGGAAGAGAUCAAGGAGAUGGUCCAUGCGGCCGAUGUUUCCGGCGAUGGCAGAGUGAACUAUGAAGAGUUUGUGAAAAUUCUGACCCCUAGUCGCAUCAACACAACCACCUUCCUGUAG